AUUUAAUAUCAUUGUAAUAAUUUUGUGAAAAAUUUAUUGUCAAAGAGCAUGCCUUCCUUAUAUUCUGUUUAAAAAAUAAAAAAAUUGAAAGCUGAUUUAAAAAUUUAGGAAUGUUUGAAUUAAAAAAAGACGGUUCAACGAGAUGGCGUUGACAAAUAGUAUGGCAAGUGUGGAUGCGGCCGAAAAAGAAGCAAGUGAAGUUUUACAUUCAUUGUUGUCGGUUGAACGUAUCGUUAAGCAGGAAGAUAAUACAGUGAAUCAACAGCAAUCGAAUAAUGCUUCCAAUCAAAAUGGUACAAAUCCACAAAAUGGAACGUUACAAUGGCAAGGAAAUGUGGCGAUUACAACGCAUUCAUUGUUCGAAGAUCAUUUUCCACAAACGAUAGACGAACAGCAAGUUCAUGAUGUAGUUUGGCAAGGCCACACAAUUCAAGUUGGCAACGGUGAAAUAAAAUUCGACGCAAUCCCACAAAUUUUAGAUGAAGUCCAAGAAACGCAAGAACCUCAACAAACCACCCAACAACAGCACGAACCCACUAUAAUUCCUGUGAAAAAAUCCAAAAAAGUGAAAAUGAAAAAUAAUUUAAAAAGCUCAUCAAAAACAAUUGAAAAAACGAAAAAAAAGAAACCAUCGUCGAUCGUUAAUUGGGAUCCUACAAAAUUAGAAGAUAAUGUUGCUCAAGUUAAGGAACGAUUCAAACGUGGCUGUGAAUGUCAGGACGAAAGUUGUUUUCGCGGUUUAAGUGCUGAAAGUGUUUACAAGCAUCGUUUAAACAUUGCAGAACUUACAAAGGGAGAACAUGAUAUGUAUUUAAUGGGUGUGACAAUGGCAUGUUUGGCAAACCCCGAUAUUACGGUCCGUCAUAAGGAGCGACAACGAUUACGUGCACAAUACGUGUACCAAGGUCGACGUGUUUGUCUCGAUGCAUUUUUAUAUCUCGAAAACUGUACUCAUUAUCAAUUAAAACGUAUUCGAAAGCAUGUAAUGACACAUGGAGUUGCUCCACGUGUCCAUGGUAACCAUGGUAAAAAACCUCACAACACAUUCUCCUUGGAUAUCUAUCAACAUGCAACGGAAUUCCUAAAACAGUAUUUAGAAACGACAACAGGCGAAACGAAUAUUUCAAAUUCGAAAACUCCAAUACAAUUACCUUGGGAUAUAACUCGAAAAAAUUUACAUAACGCGUACAAAGAAUAUGGACAAAUAAUCGAACCGGGUGUUAAAUUAAUGGGAUACUCAACAUUUCGUCAUUUUUUAAAGGAAUUAUUCCCGCAUGUACGAUUCUGUAAAGUUGAGCCAAAAAAUAAUUCACAAGUUGUAAGUAAUGAUCUGAAUAAAAUUCAACAAUCAUCGACUACGCAUGAUCAACAACAGACAACACUUAAAUCGGUGAUAACAGGCAACGAAGUGCAACAAGUAAUACCGUUGGUUGUGUCGCAAACGACAGCUGAUGGAAGUCCCGGUCAGCAGCAUCAACAAGCAACAUUCUUAGUUGCCCCCGUUUCACAAUUAAUACCGAACGGUGGUAACUUAGUUACCAUGCAACAAAGUGGUGGGGGUGCGACACAACAUGCUACAAAUACUACGACUUUUCCCUACCAAAUUACGAAUACGGGGUAUGUGAUCAAUGAACAAGGUAAUAUUGUGACGACGAUGGCAAAUCAACAUCAGUCCUACAGCUUUAAUCGAAUGUGAGCGAAUUAUAGACAACGAUAUUUUUUAUUGUGCUUUAAGAAAAUUUUUUUUUGCGGCUUCAGCAUGUAAAAAAAAUACAGAAUGGUUCCAAAAAAUGAUCCAGUUCUGUCGAGAAUGAUACGAAUGCUAACAGGAAGUAGCUACAAAUCAUGAAUUGGUCAGAUAGCAUGUCCAUUUUUCGUUAUGUGAAAACAAAUAAGGUAGAAUUUUCCGAAAUUUAAUUGAUUUUAUUUUUUUUAAUUGGAAUUAUGUGAUUUUAUUUUUUAUUUAAGAGAUUUGAGUUAUUUUAAUUUAGAAGUUUGUACAAAAGACGAAUUAUAAAGAAAUGAAUUUUUAAAAGUGAAACCGUAUAAAAAUCAGAGUGACGAUCGACCUUAAAAACCAGGAAAUGUCAGGGACCGUCAUUUUGUGACGACCCCUCUCAUGCCAACGAGUUCGCUGCAUUCAUAAACUAUCCUCGAUUGGAAUCGAAAUGCGGUUUCAGUACUCGCAUUGUUUCCGAUAAUUAUUGGAAACAAUGCUAGUAACGUCCUCAUGAACGUUCCAACGUAGUUAUAAAAAAGGACACAGUACUUAUCCAUCGAAAGACUUCCUUUUUUAAGGUAACUACCAAAUUCUUUUAACAAAAAAAAAAUUAUUUAAGGAUUUUCGAGCACCAAGGUAAUUUUAAAUAAAAAGCUUGAUUUUUAAAAAAAUGAAGUUGGACUAAGUCUAAAUCAAUUCUUCUAAGCCUGUCCUGGCGUACUACUGGCUACUAUAAAAUUAUUCGAUCGUCACUCUGAAAAAAUUACGAAAAAUCUAGUCUUAAUACAUUUUAUGUGCAAAAAUUAUCCCUUUUUAAUCAAAAGGUUUUUUUUUUUUUUUAUUAUUUUAAUUAAAAAUUUAUGUGAAACGCUUAACGAUUAUGGAACUAACUUGACCCUUAUAAAUCUAGCAUUGAUUAAUUUAAUGAAUAUUGGUAUCGUCCAUAGAUUCAGUUCUGUUCAUAGAGAUAAUACCAAAGAGCUGAAAAGUUGCCGCCAAACGAUUGAUCGCAGUAGAGAGAGAACAGAUAAAGUAGGCGCGUAUAGCUGUAGAAAGAUAGAGAAAGACAGAUAAAAUAUUCGCGUAUAGCUGUCUUCGUCUCUCUUAUACGCUUACAAUUUCUGUUUCUUUCUACCUCGAUUCUCUCUACCUUAUUGGCGACGAAAUAAAGUACAUUACCGGAACAUUCAAAUUGGUAUUUGUGUAGAGACACAUUUGGUG